CGCCUUCGCUUUCGGCAGGGCCUUCGUGCCUCUCUCUCUCUUUCCGACACCCGCUGCGUUGUUCGUUUCCGGAAAGUAAAUAAGCUUCCGCGCCAAUCGUCGUCUUCAAACGUCUGUCUUUUCUUCUCGGCGCGGCCGUGUCGUCUCCUCCUAUCUCUUUCUCGAACGACCCGGGGGUCAGCGGGAUGACGCGAAAAAAAUGUGUACCGCAUCGACGUGGCGACUGAUGAGGCUGAAAUCGAGCCUCUCGCGCACAACGGUAGGUCUUAGAGGAUGCACAAACUAGCCAAAGGCCUGAAGAAGAAGAAAAAGCCGAAGAAGGGGAAGAAGGGCGCGGAGGAGGAGGAGUUCGAUCCGGAAGAGCUCGAGCGUUAUCGGCGCGAGCGGGCGGAGGCCCAACGGAAAGCCGAAGAAUCCGGAGAGUCGACCGGCGGAUCCGACGAGUGGAAGAAGUUCCAGGCGUUGACGGCCGGCGUCGACUCGGUCUUGAAGAAGACCCAGGGUGACCUCGACCGGAUCAAGUCCACCUCGUUCUUUCAGCGGAAGGCGCCGUUGGAAGAGAAGAAGGUAGAGGAGAGGAAGUCGUCCUCGAAAAAGUGGGUGGGCUUCGACGAGGAGGGCAAUCCAAUCGAGCCGCCGGAGAUCGAAGGUCAGGCCAAGAAGGAGGAGAAACCCAACGAGGACGGUUUCGUGGACGUGCCGGAGGACGAGGAUGAGCCGGAGGACUCGGCCGAUGAGGACAUCUUCGACACCACUUACGUGGACGUUCUUCAGAAUAUCGAUGUGCAAUUAGCUUACAUACCGGACAGCCCGACCGAGGAGGAGGCCGGGGACGAUCCCUUCGACACUACCAACGCCGAGAAAGUACUCCGAACGGUCGACAAGAAGGGCAACAAGUUAGUCAGCCUAGGCAAUGCCGUGGAGGUUCUGUCGGGACGAAUCGAUUAUGUGAGCACCUGUAAACUCACCAAAGGCAGGAGGCCCAGGACUCAGCAGGAUUUACUGUUGGACGAUUUCGCGGAGUUAUCGGCGGAAAGCGCGGAACCGGUGAAGACUCUGCUGGACGACGACAGCGAUCUUCCAGACAUCCCUGUUGACUUGACGAAAUUGCCAGCCGUGCUAGCAAGACCGGAAGAAGCUGCGAUCGAGGAGAACGGCCCGUUGGACAUCUCCGAGUUUGAGGUGCUGAAGGAGAAGACUUCCGUCUUGGAAGAGAUCCCCGAUUUGGAGGACGGCGAGUUCGACUUGGAUGAGUCGAUUCGCCUCGAGCAGGCAGACGACCCGUUCGCGACCAAGGAAACGAGCGACUUUCAGGGAGAGAUAAUCGAGGCCAGCUUCGAGGCGGCCACCUUCGCCGACGAGGCCGAUCCGUUCGACACCACCUUCGCGGAUAACAUCUUGCCGGGUAAAACGGAGCUCAAGUUUAUCGAGAAGGAGCUGGAGGAAUUGCCCGUUUCGGAAGUAUCCAUAUCUCUGACCGACCCCGCCGGCUUCAACAGGGACUACGAGACCGGUUUGCUCAAGUUGGACGAUGAACAGAAGGACGAAUUGCCUAAGCAGGAUCUGCUAGGUGGUUCCAGCACCGAUCUCAGCCAAUUGGCGGACCAGCCGAUCGCGCCAAUCGAGGAGAUCACUUACGUCGAUCCUUUCGACACGUCCGCGGUGAAGGAGCUUCCGCCCGGCAAGACGGAGCUGAAGGUUCUGGAGAAGGAGCUACUCGGCGGCGAGAACGACGAAGAUUUCGAUCCGAGGAAAGACGAGGCACAAUUGGCCCGACCCCCCAACGUAGCUAGCAGCGAGGAGGAAGAGGAGGUGGUACACUCGAGAAACGAGAGAAAGACAUCCGGCCGACCGGCGGUCCUCGAAAUUCUCACGAAGGCGGUCGCGUUCGAGCUGCCGACACCGUCGAAGAGACCCGAUCUUCUCGCGACCAGCGAGGAGGAGAAGACUCUACCUUCCAAGCCGUUGACACCGUACUACUCGCAGAAAUCCUUGGAAGAGUCACUGCCGGUGGAGGAGGACGAUGUCGAUCCCUUCGACACCAGCUUCGUCAAUAACGUCGCGCCGGGCAAAACGGAGCUCAAGCUCAUCGAGUCGGAGCUGUUGAAGCAGGAACCCAUGCUGCCCCACAGCCUGAGUGAUCACGACUUUGAUCCGAGAACCAACGCGGAGCCGACCACCAGGAGGCAGAGCGACUUCACGGCCACUUCGUUCGGCAACUUGAAACAGUCCUCCUGGCCGCGGAAGGUAGAGGAGCAGGAAUACCACCGACAAGAGAGCCUGUUGGACGCUGAGGUCGAGGUCGACGCGAAGCCUCUGACACCUAGGAUCGAGAGCAAGCCUAUCGAGGAAGAGAUCUCAUACGUGGAUCCUUUCGACACCUCCAUCGCGACCAACAUCCUUCCCGGCAAAGCGGAGCUGAAGAUAUUGGAGAACGAGCUGCGGCGGAUACCUCAGCAGCCACCGUCGAAACCCGUCAUCUUCCCCGUGGGCAAGGCCGACGAUUUCCAUCCCAGAGCGGACGAAGCGAAGGACUUUUUGGCGUUGGACGGACAGGAGGAGACCGGCGACAAGGUAUUGACGCCGCAGCAGAACUUGAUCUCGGAUCCCUUUGAUACCAGCUUCGCCACCAUCGAGCCUGGACGGACCGAACUGAAAUUGCUCGAGUCGGAAUUGAUGAAUUCACUCGACUUUACGCUCGCAAUGGAUCCCAAGGGCGGAAAUCCGUUCCUGAUGGACGAUUACGCGGCAGAGACGGCGGGCGGUCCGCAAGGCUCGAAUCCUUUCCUGCAGGAUUUCGCCGACACCGCGAGUUCCGGCGAGAAUCCAUUCUUGAACUUCACCGGCGGCCAGACGACGGUCGACUCCACCAAUCCGUUCGCCUCCUUCGGCAUUGAAAGUACCGCGCCGACAACCGAUACACCAGCAACCAACGUAUUCACUAGCCAACCAUCCGACGGUGACUUCGUCACUGCGUCCGACAAUGCGAGCGUGGUGGACCUCUUCGGCGCGACAACGCAGUCGAGCACGGUGGUGAGCCCGCCCCCGUCGAGGAACGGCAAGCUGCCGCCGAGACCACCGCCACCGAGGCCACAGCCGCCGGUUAAGAAUACGAAGGACCUCAUACUGUCGGUCACCGGGGCGAUGGACGCGACCUCGAACCAUCUUCUCGAUCGCUUGCAGAUGACCCGAACGCCCAGUCCCACACUGAUGCACUCUCCGUCGCCCACUCCGGAGCACAGCUUCGCCGAUCUUCUGGACGUCGACAGCAACGUGCCGGAUCUGAUCCCGGACGACAGCAGGAACGUCGUCGAGCCGCCGAAGGACAUUAUGGACCUCUUCGACGCGCCCAACACGGACGUCGGCGCGAUCUUUCCCACCUCCGUGAAGCAGGACAAUCCUUUCGAUCAGCCGCAACCUGCUUUCCCGAUGGAGAGCGACCUCGGCGGCGGCGGUGAGAAACGGCCGUCGGUUAGCUCCGUGACUCCCUUCGAGGAACCCGUCGUCGAGCAGCUCUUCCAAGGAGCGGAUGAGAUUCCCACCAGCGCGAAUUUCUUCGACACCACCGCGACGACGCCCUUCGACGUCACCACCGCUCAACCCUUCGCCUCGGAUCUGCUCGGUGACUUCGGCGAGACGGCGAAAGAACCCGCCGGCGGCGGCUUGAUCUCCACCAGCCCCAUCCCUGGAGCGGAGUUUCCCGAGGCUUACCGGCCCGAGCUGGACAACUUCGCCGCGACGACCAAGGCGAUCGAGGACACCGGCGAUUCGUUCGACGCUUUCGCGUCGAAAUUCGACAAGGCCGCCGAGCCGGAGAGCAACGGGGACCCCUUCUUGGACGCUUUCGGCGGACCAACCGCCAUGGAUACUUCCAGCGACGUCUGGGGAGACUCAUCGGCGGCUGGCUCGGAAACCGCGGUCACCGGUUUCGGGGAAUCCGACGGCUUCGACUCCUUCUUAAGCAUGACAGCUCCGCCGCAAGAUACGAAAAAGGCCGAGUCCGCGGAGUCGGACGAGGAGCCGGAUUUCAGUGUCUUCAUCAAACCGAAGGAAGGGGAUCAAAUCGCAACAACGGAAACUGGGCCUGUACCCACACUGGCGCCGCCACCCAAAAGCCCGCAGAUACCUUCGUACACGGACUCCUCGUCGCGCUUCAAUCCCUUUGAUAAGUCUGGAAUGGCGCAGGACGCAGCGAUAUCCGAAACCGCUCAGACAGCCGAAAUGGCUAGGACGGAUUCCCAGGAAACGCCGCCCACUCCAUUGUUCGACGAGGACGUCAGCCAGCCGCUCGAGGACUUCCCCAGGGUGACUUACACCGGCGAUGGCUGGGAGAUGCAGCUGCGACAGCCGAACAAGAAGAAGAUCACGGGGCAACGAUUCUGGAAGAAGAUCUUCGUCAAGCUGGUGUUUCAGGGCGACAGCCCGACUCUCCAGUUGUUCAACAACAAAGACGACAAAGACCCGUUUCAAGAAUUACCUCUGCUCGCCUGUUACUCGGUUUCGGACAUCGGUGCCCAACAGUUCGAUCAGUAUGGGAAGAUCUUCACGGUGAAGCUGCAGUACAUCUUCUACAAGGAAAGGCCCGGCGUGCGACCCGGCCAAGUGACGAAGGCGGAAAGACUCACCAACAAGCUCAGCCAAUUCGCCGCGUACGCCAUCCAGGGGGAUUAUCAAGGGGUCAAGGAGUUUGGGAGCGAUCUAAAGAAAUUGGGUCUCCCGGUUGAGCACGCACCUCAGAUCUCCCAGUUAUUCAAGCUCGGUUCCCAAUGUUACGAGGACAUGAAGCAAUUUUCUUGCACCGUCGAGGAGGCUCUCUUCAAGCUGUUGGCGCACCGAGAUCGAGCGCUAAAUUACAAAAUGGAGGAGGUUCAGAUAACGGUAGUGGAUGAACUGUACGUCGAGCAAAACUCCGAGGGCCACGUGGACAAACAGAUCGCGCGUGUUCGUCUCUUCUUCCUGGGGUUCCUCACUGGUAUGCCCGAUGUAGAAUUAGGAAUAAAUGAUAUGUGGCGACAGGGUAAGGAAGUUGUCGGUAGGCACGAUAUCAUUCCUGUUGUAACGGAAGAAUGGAUUCGCCUGGAGAACGUCGAGUUCCAUGCGUGCGUCCAGCAGGACGAAUACGAAAAGUCACGGAUAAUAAAGUUCAAGCCGCCGGAUGCAUGUUACAUCGAACUGAUGCGGUUUCGUGUAAGACCGCCUAAAAACAGGGAACUGCCGCUUCAGCUGAAAGCUGUUAUGUGUGUCACUGGUAAUAAGGUGGAGUUGAGAGCGGAUAUUCUCGUCCCGGGUUUUGCAUCCAGGAAACUAGGCCAGAUACCAUGCGAGGACGUGAUGGUUCGAUUCCCUAUACCCGAGUGUUGGAUUUAUCUCUUCAGGGUGGAGAAGCAUUUCAGGUAUGGCUCGGUGAAAUCAGCGCACAGAAGAACCGGCAAGAUUAAGGGUAUCGAGAGAUUCUUGGGCGCCGUCGAUACGUUGGAACCGCAGCUAAUGGAGGUCACUUCCGGUCAGGCGAAAUACGAACAUCAACAUCGCGCUAUCGUGUGGAGGAUGCCCAGGCUACCGAAAGAGGGACAAGGCGCGUACACGACGCAUCAGUUGGUUUGCCGUAUGGCUCUCACUUCCUACGACCAGAUCCCCGAAACUCUCUCAGAAUACUGUUACGUGGAGUUUACGAUGCCGGCGACGCAGGUGUCCCACACGACCGCGAGGAGCGUCAGUCUCCAAAACAGCGACAGCGACGCGCCUCCGGAGAAAUACGUGCGGAAUUUGUCGCGUCACGAAUACAGGGUAGGUAUCGAGCACACGCAGGGAGAAGGGCCGGGUGCGUACGUCUCGGCGACGAUCUCGAAGAAGAUACCGGAGUCCACGCCGGAAGCUCACAGCGAAGUGUCCGACACGCCAGCCGAGUCCGAUUCCGACUCCUCGGAGUAAUGUGGACGACCGAUCGAUCAUCCGCGUGGUAAUAAUAAUUAACAGGAGGAGAAGAGCGUGUUACGUUAAGUCGAUCACGGCAGUCGCUUAAGAAGGUGAACAUAGGUAGUACACCGUGUACUAGUUUGUACGCAGAGAGAAAAUACGCGCGAAUCGGUCGUUUCGCAAGCCCCCCNCCCCCCCCCCCGAUAAUCAUCCUGCGAAAGCGUAACACUUGGUGCGAGAGUCUCAGUCCAUCGGCUCAGAAUCGGCGGUUACGACCGAAUAAAACGGAACCAGGUCGGCAAAGGCCGAAAUAAGUCGAGAUUCGCAAUAAAAAUAUCUCACAAUCCGGCACGAGAUGCCGAACACGAGAUUCGAACGAAAUAAUUAAAGUGCGCACGGCAAAAAGAUGAUCCGCUUGAAAUAUCUGGUAGAGCAAAAACUGCAAGCGUCUGAAUUAUCCUCAUGAGGUUCGCUUUCCCUCCCGUUCGAAUUGCAGGCUGGGGAGGGUCGGAGAAGUCUCGGCCCGCAUUCGCGCGUAAUAUAGUGGUUAAUGACGAGUAAGUAACAGGAAAAUAACAUGUAAGGAAGGACAAUACCGCUUUUUCGUUCAGUUUAGCUCGUUAAGUCGUAGAACACUCGCAGUGAAGAAGGCUUUGUGUCCAUGACGUUUCAAAGGCGCGUCUCAGCGUUCUCUCGAAGCCCCAUAGAUGAUGAAAACAGCCAUUCUCUUAAACGGACGGACAAUAAAUGCUAUUCAUAAUUAGACGCGCGGUUUUACCGUACUACAAACAUCAUUAUCUAAGCGUUUAAGAAAUUUUCACGAAAUUGAUAACAUUCUAAUGAUUCCUCUAUUGAGUUCUCCGGCGAGUGAAAAACGCAUCGCUCUCAUAUCUUGCAGAUACAUCACGUCGUCGUUGCGAUCAGAGGGCAACCGUUUGUUAGAUGUCAUUAUGAUUUUCUUCUUGACACCAGCAUAUCCCAUUGUUUGAGCUUACAGAUGAUCUAUGCGUAUCGUUAUCUAGUCGUUGGUAGGUGCUAUGAAUUACCGAUCAAUGAUCACGUUUAUUCGUGUGUUAGGGCCUGUAGGUUAAUGUGCGGACAACAAUAAUAAUGAGGUAUCGACAAUUCUACAACGGGAGUGUGUCUAAUGCGUGCGUAUUAUUAUAAGGUUGUGCGAGAGUUCGUCUAGUCUCUAGCAAUACUUGCGUAAGAGCGUAGCCAUAGUCGAUUGAAUGACUAAUUUCGAAGAAGCGAAUAAUCUUUAAGUGCUUGUAGCGGUAGAGAGUUGUAAAUUCUAGAGGUAAGUUUCUGUUUCCUUAUCGUUUUACUUUGUCGUUAAUGGUCGGCACGUAACAUGGCCGACCUGUCGCAGAAAAGCAGCGUACCAAAGAAUAGGAUUAAGGUGGUAUCAGUGACAUGAUACGCGCGAGAUACGUUCAAGUAUAGAAAAAUCUCCAGUAAUUAUAUAUAUAUAUAUAUAUAUAUGUAUGCUAUAAAGAAUAAGCUAGUCGUGUUUAGAGCAUCUAUUUAAGGUAUUGAAAUAAUUAGAAACGUAAGUUUCCGUUAUGUUUUGAAUUUUUUGUUUACACGUUCUCAACUUGCAAAAUGCCUGCAAGCUAAAAGGAGUCUUUCUAGUCGUAUUUAUUAAGAGAAUCGUAUGUGACGAAUAUACGUCAAUCAUACGUUAGUUGUUGUAAGAUCUAGAUUAAGACUCGGUUAAGCGUAACUUCCGCCAACACUCGGCAGUGUAUGCCAACAAAGUCGUAGUGUAAGCGCGUCUGUUAAUCAUUAAUUGUCACUCUGAUCCGCGACGACGUAAAUUCGAUUCCAUUCCCCGGCGAUGUCAAGUCAAAUUGCACUUUCAAUUCGAGACUGGCACGAUUAAAAUAAUGAGAAAAUGCGUUUUCACCUCACAUUUAUUGUUUAAAUUGAAAUUGAAACAGCUUUGCUGGAUUUCUCCGUGUUAUUUCUCUCGCAACAUAUUGUGGGUAAAUUUGUUAAUAAUUUAUUAUCUCACCAAAAGUUUCAAGUGUGCGAGAAAUCGGCAAAGUCCAACAUCGUCGGAAUCGACGAUGCUCUUUUCGGCUUUAGAAACAACGCAAAGCUUUCCGAGCUACAGUGUUAAGGUUUGUUUGAGUUUGGUAUCUUAAACGGAUUUUGGGCAAGUUCUUCACGGAAGCUUGCACCAAGACGUGAUGUUUCCAGCUCGUGAUCUCAACAUACGCGUAAUCGUACCGUCGUGCAAUCCAGAACGGCGCUCGUGUAUCUAAGCAAAGAAAAAAAAAAACACAUAAUUACAGUUAAACGUUGCAUGUAUAGAUUUUAGAAAGGAACAAGUAGUUGGUGAAUAAAUGUGGUUCUCUGACGUGUUUGCAAUGACUCUGCGAAAGAAUGGAUGGCGGUGAAGUGAGGAGAUUGGACGCGAUAUGUAUUGGAGAUUUUCAAUAUUCCACGGAAAAGGGAAAAAAGAAAUAUAUUCGUCACAUGUUUCUUGUGAUUCUGCGUUUGCUUUCUAAUAGCCUUUCUUUGUCCCGGAGGGAGGAAGAAAACAGAGUUAUAAGAAAGACAAACAUAUACGCAGAAGUUACAAAGAAGUUACACAAAUUGUCUCUAAAGUUAUUACACUUUAUAUAAACGGCGCAUUACGAUGCAACUAGUUGGUUUGAUUUAUAAUCGUAUUUUAAUACACAAUCACGUAAUGCGUUAGAAAGCUCAUUGUAGCGUAGGGUAUGAUAUACAACUCGAGUUAGUUUCGUGAAAUACGGUUAUAUUCUCCACUUCUGUAAAGAGUAUAGUUUUCGAUGUUAGCAUGUGUGCGAACAAGUUAGGCGUGGUAUUAGCAUCACAACCUCCAUUGCAAUAUAUAAAUGUGCGUAUUGAUCGAUCCCUCGCAUUAUUUAUCCCCAUAAUAUGAGAAUUAUAUCGUAGAGGCGAACCCUGUUGAUUUGGCAUCAAGGAACUAAUUGUAAAGGAAAGCGUAUGAUAAUAUAGAGCGAUCGUUGCCCCUAUCAUAAUAUAAAAUGUUCUGUACAGGUGAAGAGAGUCUGUAAAGAUAAAGUCUAGUCGCGCUUUUUGUGAAACCGAUAUAUUCAUAUUUAGCAAUAGAAGAUACGAAAUGUGAGAGAGAUAUUGCAGCGAGCGGUGCAUAUGUGACGCAGAAAUGAGGAAAUAAUGUGCGAGAAUACUGCUUUUUUCUCAAUUUGCAUUCGAUCACCCUUAAAUGAGAUCAUCGUAAGAAGAAGGCUUUGUUGCGCGCUUUGAUCAUGUAUUUGCCACGAAUAAAGAGCUUUGUAAGAAGGUUUCGCAAGAAAAUUACAUCGGACGAUGUACUUGAAACUCGAAAUCCUUCGAUACAUAUGCCAAAUUCUGCUACAUUGAUUUUAGAGAACCGUUCUUUUUCCUUUUGUAUCGGGGCGAGUUAUCACUUACGAAAAGUCUGCCAAAGAGAUAACGAACUGUACGAUUCAACAUGUGUUCAAAGCAAAUUAAUUUUUUUACACCGUUAAGAUUCAGCGGAGAAACAUUGAAGCACGUAAAUGUAUGUUUUGUCAAUUCACGUAAUAUCGAUGUUAAAAUUGCACGUCGCUUGUGUGACGCCAGUGAACAUUAUUUUAGCGGGUGAUAACAUUUAAGGGUUAAUCGACAUCAACCUCGCUGUGUGAAUCUGUGCCGUGUCAAACGCUUAAAGUUUCGUUUCACCGUGGCAAAUAGCAAUGUAUGCAAAUAUUACCGAAUAAAUAACUUAAGUUACAUAUCGUAAUCCAGAGCUUUUAAUAGAAUAACAGUGCGAACUCAGCAUGCGUGUGAGCGGUGUUCCUUCUAAGCUACGCAAGCGCAUAAGUCACACCGACGUACAAGCAAAUUUUGACCAAUUUGAUAUCGUGUGUACUUAGUAUUUUAGGUUUGUUUGUAAACGGUGGCUGUCGCAGAAGGCCCUCCACUUUUCUCGCGGACGCUCCGAGGCAAUUAGAGGGAACAUUGCGCGUAUAAGACAUAUAUAUAUAUAUACAUAUAUGUAUGCAUGUAUAAGUUGUUGCAAUAUGAAAGUAAACCAAUGUUUCCCCAAUUUAAUUUAGGCACGGAACCUCGGAAUUUCGCGGAAUUCCCGACUGUAAGCUUUUAUAUCGAACUGAAACAAUAGAUCGCACACAACAAUAGCAAGAGUAAUAAACAAAAGGAUGCACGAAAUUUACGAUUUAAUUGCACUUUGAUUUCAAGAGAGAAUUGUUUACAAGAGUAAGUAAUACUCAGAAAAUUAUGUUAUCGUAUUCCCGAAGCAAGCAGUGUAUUUCUCGGGAGCAGGGAGAGGGAGAAGGGGAGACAUUGAAAUAAAGCGUAUAUAUACAAAUAUAAUACCCGAAAAAUAUGAAUAACGUAAUACAGAAAGUCACAUCGAUUCGUUCACUUGUUAAAAUUUCCUCACCGUUACCUACCGAAUGUGAAAACUUCUCCACGUAACGUCUGACCAGCAGCAACUGAUAGAUCGGCAAUCACCAGAAUAUUUCUUCCUGUGCAAGAUUCAUGGUGUAAUAAUACAUUGUUGGUAUGCAUCGCGGUAUCGGUAAUUUUAAGUCACUGGCAUUUCCGCGCUUUGGAAUUUAUAGGGCGAUCGUUAAUCAACGAACGGCGUCGCAAGAGAGGGAAAUAAAGUUUUCCUCGAAAACUUCUCCCAUGAAAAUCUUGAUCGAGAGAGCAUUCCAUUGAGAAACGAAGAUACUAAACUAAAGAGCUCUUUGAAUACUGAAAACCAUUCUCACUCAGUGUUUACGUAUGUACACUUUUCUGGGAUAGGGAUUCCUAAACUAUAAAAGAGAAGGAAAGAGAGUAUGUCUCGACAGAUGCUACUUUCUACCAGGAAAGAUCCAGGCAGAAAUAAAAAAAGAAAAGAAUCAGUUAAACGGUCGACGAACUUUCACUCAGAAUAUGUCAUACGAACAGUCUAUAGGAAAAAGGAAAAUAUCGUCGGAGACAUUGGCCUGAGACACUUUCGGGAGUUUUUGUCUUAGGAUAAAGCGAAUUUGCGUUUUAAGUUGAGCGAGCAUGUUGCAAAAUUACAAUUUAGACGCUGAGACGACACGAAUUAUUUUCGCCGUUGUGGCUAUACGCUCUUGUGGUGAUGCUGGUAUAAUUCGCGUGUAACUAUUAUACAUAUAGUAGACACUUUUCUCGCGAGUCCGCAAAUUAACGUAAAUUAACAGAUUGUAUAACGUAGAGAACAGUGUGGUGCGUAGAUUAGAACACUUUUCAUUUCGGUUUCUCAAUUUGUUUCACCUUCUCGAAAAGGGCAUCAGCCCUUUCCCAGUGCAGCUGAAUGAUGAUGAAUGGAAAAUAACACAUAAAAUGAAGAUUAAUUACAGUAGCUGAGUAGCUAUCCUUUGAUAUAGAAUCGAUAGCUUCGUAACUUUAAAAAUCGUAACUUAUAAAUAUAUACAUAUGCGUGUGUGUAAUGAUGUAAUGUGUAAUUAUACGUGUACCUAUUAUUUUAAUUGUACUCUAAUCCGUAUUACAUAACCCUGUAAUGUAUACAAAAAGCACCAACGUGACGAGAGCAGAGGCAUUUCAAGGGUUCUUCUCGGCUUGUAUAUUAAUCUACAAGUGUGUGUGUAUAUGCAUGUAUGCGUGUGUGUGCGAAAGAGACCAUUUUUGAGAGCAAAGACGAAACAAGCGUAACACUGUUAGCUAAUGAUAUCACCGAUAAAUUCUAUGUAUCGAUAAAUAAUAUAACAUUGUUUAAGGAGGAUGAAGAUUAACCAAGCCCCGAAGUUGUAUUUUUCCGACAAGAGUGAUCUCACAGACGCUUCGCAGCCUUCCGUUAUAGUGAUUCUAUUUUCUGAUGUGUACGUUAAUUUUCCCUCGCUUGUUAGAAAACAAACAGAUAACGAAGAAAAGAUGAUUGAAUCAUUCCUCCAAUCUCGUUACAUUAAUUUUUAACAAUACGAUAGGGGAAGGUAAUGUUGUGAAUCGUAAUAAAAUGUAAUGGAAAAUAUAUGAUAUUUUUUCCAGA